ACAAUGCAACAGGAAGUGGCGACAAAGGGGGGUUGUUGACAAAUUCAGCCGUCUGGAUGGCAUGAUAUCUUUAUUAGCAACUAUACUAAACAUUUAACUAAUUAUGAGUUCUCCGGAGGACAGGCAUGGGACAAAACGACCCGCUUCCCCAAGUCAAGACGGGAAUACCCAGUGGGCCUCAGCAGAUUUGGGGAGCGAUGAGCGGAGGCAGAAGUUUCUACGAUUGAUGGGCGCUGGCAAGAAAGAGCACACCGGACGCCUCGUCAUCGGAGACCACAAGUCGACAUCUCACUUCCGCAGUGGGCAGGAGGAUAAGAGGAUCAACUGUGACCUGGAGAUGCAGUACCAGCAGGGCCUGGACGGGAAGCUGUCGGGCCGCAACAGGAGACACUGCGGCCUGGGGUUCAGUGAGCCUGAGUCGAUUCCUUCCCCGACGGUGGAAAGCCAGACAGAAGAAGUCAAGCCAGAGAAAUCCGCCGGUACAAAAGAGCCCACAGACACCGAGGACAAAGGCUCCACUCCCGACCCAGAGCACAAGAGCUCAGACGAGGCCCAGUCCAGAACAGAGGACAGCAAGGAGGACAGGAAACAAAGCUACAAAAUGGCUUUUGUCAAGUCAGCAUAGGAUUGAGGGCUUGGGCAGGGAAGAGUCACGUUUUGUAACCUUGAAACUCAAAUUUGUACAUUUUAAUGUUUUUUUUUUUUUUCUGUUUGUUUGUUUAAGUAUCUUCUCCCGUAGGUGAUCACUCAUCAUUUCAUGUUGUAGAAAUUGCUUUUCUACGUAAGCGCCCAACACUAGGCCAUAUUCUAGUGUACACCUCUCCAAGUAACAUGUGGUCUGUCUAAUGGUCAGCUGUGGUUGGCUGGUGUUUUUUUAGGAUUGCUUACCAUGCAGCAUGAUUGAUAAAUGUCUCAAGUAUGUGAUCUUUUAUUUGCAAAUAAAUAAAGCACCACGGAUUUCA